AGAGGGAGGCCGUGAUAUAUAUCUACAUACCCAGGCCCAGUCCACCACAACUAAGUAUCACUGAUCAUGGCCAAGUACUCCAAAGGCACUCCUGGCAAGCGCAAAUGCGUGCUCAGCCUGGAUGGAGGGGGAAUUCGCGGCCUCAUUCCAGCCCAGAUCCUCGAGUAUCUGGAGCAGUGCUUGCAGGAGAUGGAUGGCCCGGAUGUGCGUCUCGCAGACUACUUCGAUGUGAUCGCGGGCACGAGCACCGGCGGAUUGAUAACCAUCUGCCUCACGGCCCCGGGCGAGAACAACAGGCCGCUCUUCACUGCCAAGGAGGUGACGGACUUUUACAUGAACAAGGGCAAGUUUGUCUUCCCACAGGGCUACAUAUCGAAAGGGAUCACCGGCUUGUUUGGGCCAAAGUACUCGGGUCACGAGCUGGAGAAGCUCCUCCACGGCUACCUCAAAGACCUCCGGCUCCAGGACACACUCACAAACGUGAUCAUCCCGACCUUUGACACUAAGCUACAGCAGCCAGUCUUCUUCUCGUCCGUCGAGGCGAAAUCCAAGAAUGCUCACAAUGCGUACCUCCGCGACAUUGCCCGGGGGACCUCUGCGGCUCCGACUUACUUCCCUCCAAAGUUUUUCAACACCGGCAGUGACUCCGAGUUCCACCUCGUCGAUGGCGGCCUCGUCGCCAACAAUCCCUCGUUUCUGGCCAUCACCGAGGCGUUUCGGAUCCACGAGGAUGCUAAUUCCCUCUUCAGCAACUUCGAAAACCUGCUCGUCUUGUCGCUCGGCUGCGGCACGCAGAGUUUCAGCUACGAGGCCAAGGAGCUGUCCAACUGGGGAGCGCUGCGCUGGGUGAUCAACAGCAACCGGACGCCGCUCAUCGACAUGCUGAUGAACGCGAGCUCGGACAUGGUGGACCACAGCCUGUGCGUGCUCUUCCGCUCCGGCCUGUGCGAGGAGAACUUCCUGAGGAUCCAGAUCUCCCCUCUCGACGAUGGCCUCGCCAAGAUGGACGACGUCAGCCCCAACAAUCUGAAAGCUCUCGUCAAGCGAGGCAAGGACCUCCUCGACGAGCCCCUCCGCCGCGUCGACUUCGAUAACGGGAAGCUCCUGCCCAUUCCCGACGCCUCAACCACCAACAAGGAGGCCGUCCAGAGCUUUGCACGAUGGCUGUCGGAGGAGCGUCGUGCACGUCUCGCUCAAGCAUGACAGAUUCCUCUUCGCUGCUGACGCUUGGGACGAUUAACGUAUGUGCCUCAUGUAGUUGAUGUCUCGCUCUCAUCCUCCGGAAUAAUAAAAUGGUAGUUUUGGGGUUUC